AUGUCGUCAAUCAAUGAAAUGAGACAAUUUUUACCAGAUUUUCCGAAUUUAAUUCAUUUUGAAAUCAAAAUUUUGGAUAAAGUCAUUGGUGUGGAUAUGUAUGAUGGAGAUCAAUGGAAAAUGAGUACACAUUCAUUGUUAGCCUUCAAAUUUAAAUUUUGUAUAGACGAAAUAACACCUGAACAAUAUUUGAAUUUCUUUCGAACACAAUUUUGGAUUACCUCGGCCAGAAAUCCAUUCCUCUUCGUCUUUCUAUUUAACAAUACCAGAUCAUUCAAUAAUUUAUCAUCAUUCAUUGAUCUAAGUCAAGUUGAAUAUCGUUUAAAUUUACACCUUAAAUUUUACGUGUCAUUCACAUCCAUUGAAAAUCUAAAAAAGCUUUCCAAUCCAAGGCCUAAAAUGAUGAAGCAAAUUCAAAUAUUGAAGAUUGGUUAUGAUACUUUUUCGAACAGAUCAGUGAAAAUGACAACAUCGGAAUUGAAUGCUUCUCAGAAAGCAAAUGGAGAUCUGGAUGAAUUCAUUUAUGGCUUGAAGAUCGAGUUACAUACCAAUUCACUUUAUUUGAACAAUUAUCCACAGAACUAUUUUACGAUAUAUUCGAAUAUUUUUGGACAGAAGAAAUUUUUCAUUCUUUUUCGAAUCUUAAUCAUCGAAUUGUAUUAUGUCCAUCGGAUCAAUUUUCAAUCGAUACGCAAAUCGACUUUUCAUCUCAUUUGUCAAUCGAUUCUUCCUGAACGGAUCUUUUCAUUGGUUCUUUCCGAUCAAAAUGAUACAUGUGGUCAAUCGAAAUUCUUUUUAUCACAUUUUCAAAUUGAACAAUUUACAAAUCUUCGAUCAAUUAAAUUGAUAAAACUCGAACAUGAAUCAUUAUGCAGAUUAUUACCUAAUUUAUUUAAACUCAAACAAUUACAAUCUCUUUCAUUGCAGUAUUCUACUAGAAUACAGAUGCAUAUUAAUUCUGAAGAUAAGAAAGCGUCAUGUAUGCUCGAUUGGUCACCUUUACAUCAAUUGUGUAACCAAGUUUUUCCUCAAUUAACCAACUUAUCUACGCUUUUUACAACAAAUCUAACAACGAUGCAUUUUCCAAAUUUACUUCACUUGGACCUGCGCACCAUCGUCAGAGGAUUUUAUAUCAGUAAAAUCUUUCAGCAUGCUCCUCGACUAAAGUCUCUUACGAUUGAUCUCAUUUAUUUGUACGAAUUUACUUUGAAUCAACCGUGUUAUUCUUUGAAACAACUUAAUGUAACAAGUACACACACGAACACGUUCAUGCACGAUAUCAAAGAUGUUUUACAAAAUUUUCCAAAUUUAGUUCAUUUUCAAAUUCAAAUUUUGAAUAUUUCUCUCCAGUGUGAUGUGCUUAAUGGGCGUCUAUGGAAAAAGAUUGCGCAGCCAUUUUCAACAUUCCAUUUCAAGUUUUUUGCCUUAAAUGAUCUAAAUGAACAAGUUUUGAACUCAUUUCGAACACGAUUUUGGAUAGAAGAAAAGCGCUGGUUUGUUGUUUGUCAAGAUCGAUGUUUAUUUACGAUUACGGGCGUCAGUUUAGCAUAUACGAAUGUCACUUCGAAUCAAUUUCUAUAUUCAACAGUACCAAAUUAUUCCGUUAUCUACCAACCCAGACACUCGAGCGGUUGUCGGAGAAAUCUUCGUCAGGAUAACUUUCGAUUGACUUCAAUAAAAACUCUUGAACUCUAUUGGAAUGAUACAUUUGAAAUAUUAUCAUCAUUCAUCGAUUUGAAUCAAAUUGAAUCUUUAUUGAUCACUUCCAGAUCAUACCAUCUAUUGAAACAUCUGCAUGAUCAUAUGAGCAAACUUCAUACGUUGUACCUUUCAGGUUCUUUGAACGCAACUGAUCUUUUCGAAACUCAAUAUGUUCAAGGAUUACAAUUAAAACAGAUACGAACGUUAAAACUGAACAAUUAUUCGUUUUCGAGAAAAACUUGUAAUGAUGCUGCAAAAAUAAGUCAUUUAUUUCCUUGUGUCGAACACAUAGACGAAUGGCCGAUUCGAUCUCGAUCAGAAAUUAUUUAUGUUAUUGAUCAAUUCAAACAAUUAACAAGUAUUUCAUUUACUCUUGAUUAUAGAGUCCACGAACAAAAAUUUCAACCAGAAUUUAAUUCAAAUCUAAUCAUUACUGAUAUUAAAAAAUAUAUUCAUUGCCGUGCAACAUGCUGUUUUGAAAUAUCAUGGAGAAUCUAUUCUAGAAUUAUGAUUCAUAUAUGGCUUGAGGAACGAUCACUAAAAGAUCAACAACAAACACGAUUUUGCCAAUUACGACGGCAGAUAAAAAACCUAUUGAAACGAUCCUCUAAGACUGAUGAUGAGUCAUAA